AUCGCCAAUAAAUCCAAAGAAGUAGACGAAGUUAAACGUGUAUCAGCUGAGCUGGCGGAUGUGAAAACCUUAUUUCAUAGUACGUGAUUUUAGAGUAUAACGACAGAUUAUUGGGAUGGAGAAUGACAUUCUCGUCUCUCUUGAAGAUUUAGGGUACCUGGGCCCUCUGUUGGAGGAAGGGGCUCUGGAUUCUGCUGUGAGCAGAGGAGCCGCUUCACCUGAGUUCACUAAGCUCUGUGCCUGGAUCAUCUCAGAGCUUAGACUGUACUGCAAGCUGGAGGAAAAUGUCCAUGCCACCAACUGUCCGAGCGAGGCAGAGAGCUUUCAGCUGGAGAUGAGCGGUCUGCUGUCAGAGCUCGCCUGUCCUUAUUCUAUCCUCACCAGUGGAAGCAUCACCCAGAGGCUUCUCAACAGGACCGACUGUCUGCUUCUCCUCACCUUUCUGGUGUCUGAAUUGGAGGCAUCAAGGAUGAUUCUGGUUAAUAAGCCUGAGAAGAAAGCCCAGGAGUCAGGCAGCCCUCUGUUUCAGGAACUGAAGGGCAUCUGCAUGGCGCUGGGCAUGUCCAAGCCUCCAGCCAACAUCACCAUGUUCCAGUUCUUCAGUGGAAUUGAGAAGAAGCUGAAAGAAGCCAUUAGUAGAGCCCCACCAAAUCACGUGGGAGAGCCUUUGAUGAAGAAGGCCCUUGGACCUGUGCAUAUGGAGAAAAUUGAAGCUAUAAACCAAGCACUUAUAAAUGAGUAUGACGUGAGAAGAAAAAUGUUGUUGAAACGUCUCGAUGUGACAGUGCAGUCUUUUGGUUGGUCUGACCGAGCAAAGACGCAUUCUGAAAAGUUGGCCAAAGUUUAUCAGCCCCUUCGUUCUGCCCUCUGCACCAAAAGUAAAAUCUCUGUGGCCCACCUUCUUGCUGCUCGACAAGAUUUCUCCAAGAUCCUACGGACAAGCAGUGGCAAGAUAAGAGAGAAGUCUGCUUGUGCCAUUAAUAAGGUCCUAAUGGGCAGAGUACCAGACAGGGGAGGCCGACCCUGUGAGAUUGAGCCGCCUCCUCCGGAGAUGCCCUCCUGGCAGAAACGUCAGGAUGCUCCCCAAGGCGGAGGACACUAUGGUGGGAGUGGGCACGGAGGUGGCAGGGGGGGCUACGAUCACUACUCCCAAGGUGGCCGAGGAGGAUAUGAGAGAGGAGGCGGAGGCGGACAUGGAGACAGAGGAGGUAGAGGAGGAGGCAGCAGGGGGGGGAAGGUGCAGGGAGGCUGGGGAGACGGAGGUGGAGGAGGAAGAGGUGGUUACAACCAAGGCUACUACCAAGAUGCAGGAGGCCAUCAGGGGGGAGGAGGGAGAGGCGGUUACGGAGGAGGAGGGAACAACCAAGGAGGCUUCCAGGACCCUGGUUACCACGGUGGGGGAGGAGGCGGUUACCAUGACAAUUACCACCAAGAUGGAGGCUGGCAGCAGGAGAGACCCGCGGGUCGAGGGGGUCGAGGGGGCAGGGGAAGAGGAGGCCGAGGAGGAGGGGGACAAGGUGGAGGCUGGGGAGGGAGAGGGGGCCAGAAUUUUAACCAAGGAGGACAGUUUGAACAGUUCUUCCAACAUGGCGGGCAGCACUACAACCAAGCUGGCUUUAAUCAAGGCAGACACUACACUAGUUGAAGACACAGUGUGGGGCAUCGCAGCAGAGUCCACUCAGAUCGACUGAAUCAAGCUGAACAGAUUUUAAAUGCCUUAUGAAUUUUCAGCACGGUUAAACGUGGAGUAAAAUGUUAAAUGAGGACGUGGACAUGCAAACGGAUACUAAAAACACUCACUGCAGGCUGUUAUGGAAUUCUUGCUUUAAUAUCAAGGGCACUUCUAAUGCAGCCAUUUGCUUUUUCAUAGUAGUGUUAAUGUUUUCUCUGCCUCCUUAAUACAAGUGUUCAAGCCAACAGCUCUGUUAUAAAGGGUUAGUCAAUUAGUUGGACUCUGCUGUGUUGACCUCAUUUUGACACUUGAUUAGCCUUGGACUUUUCUUUUUUUUCUUCUUUUUUUUUUUUGUUUGUUUUUGGAGAUAGGAAAGGUCCUAAGAUUUCAGUGUUGCACCAACUAUAAGUGCAUCUCCUUAUUAUAUGGAGGAUUCUUGAAAUCCUUAAUAGUUUCAUUGAAUUUGGUGAUUACUUGACAAUGGCUUCAUCUCUCCAGUCUACAUUUUCUUUCAGUGGAUUUGACUGGAAUCUCCUUUGUUAUCUAUUUAAAAGAUGUCAUCUUGCACUGCUCAUGGAAGAUUGUGUGCAUAUAAUCACGGAUGUUGGAAGUUUGCAUGGAUGUGUGAAUGAGCAAUAAAGUCUUAAAUGAGCACAU